GCACAAAUACGGAAUCAGGCUUUAUAGACCGGGUACUUUACCAGCCGUUUUACAUUGGAUAUACUUGUAUUAAAGAAGAAACAUGGUUGGAACGAAUACCUUCUUGUUUGCAUGCGCGCUGGCCGCUCUUUUAUGUGUUUCCAAUGUGGAUGCCUUCAAGUGUUACGUAUGCAGCAGUGUGACGGAUAGCGGAUGUUCGGACAAGUUCCAUAAAAGUUAUACUUUGGAAAGUAGUUCAGCCACGUGCGACAGCUGCAUCAAGACAAAGAAAAAAGACUCUGUAAUAAGAACCUGUGCUCCGGUUGACUUUGGCAACACAUGCCAGAGUUCGGGCGAUGAUGGAGCAUUCUGUAGCUGUCACAGCGAGCUCUGCAACGGCUCAAACAAUAUGGCUGUUUCCAUGGCAACGCUCCUGGGCGCCACACUUGUCGUCCUCUUUUCUAAUAUUUAAUACAUUUAAAAUGUCAUAGCUGUUCGAAAACAUACUACAGCAUACAAUAAUCUUUCUUAAUACAUGCGACAACAUGUAUCAUAGGUUGACCAUUAAUAGAUAAGAUACAAUUUAAAGUGAUAGUAUGCGCAUUUUUCACUAUUGAAUUGAGCUGAAAAGAAUUAACAGGUCAAAAAGUUAGUUAAAAUGUGGUAACUGACCAAAUAUCUGCAACUCAUCUUGCUACCAGUUGUUUAAAAAAUUAUAUUUUAUAUUCGAUAUUUUACAUGACUCACCCAGUCCUCUAAAUGAUCCGUAAAACAAAAUUGUGUCUUUGUGUCGUAUGAACGAAUCUGCACUAAAACUAAAUUUAGGUUCACAUCGUACAUGCAUGAUCAGUUGUCAAACAAAAGUACGGUUGAUAUUCAAAUGCAUUGUUUUUCUCUUUCUGGGAUAUUGUUUAGUAUGUUGAUGCUGCAUUAACAAAUAUACGUGUAUAUGAAGUGAAAACACCAAAAAUAUACAACGGUUGCGAUAUACACCUAUAAACUGUAAGAUGCCCAAUGGCCAUAAUAUCACUUUAAAGGGACUGUCCAACAGAUUAAAGCGUCGUUCGACGCGAAUCGAUAUUUUGUGAAACUACGAGGAUUGCAUAUAUAGCUAAAAAAUACCUCCGUAUUUGACGUGAGCGUGGAUGGUCGAGUGGUAAACUCGGGAGAUAUUUUACUCCAAGCUUCCAAGACUCUAGGGGACAGUGGUUCGAUCCCUGUGGUGGUUAACGUUAUUUCUUCUAUUUUUAAAUUCUAUUCUUAUUUUUUACUGCAGAUGUUUAGUUCAAAUGUUUAAAUUUAUCAAUAUAAAGCAUUUAAAGCAGUUAAUGACAAGCUUUAAUACAUGCCAAAAUCUGUUGGACGGCCCCUUUAAUAUAAAUGUUAUACAAUCAAAAUGAAUGUAGAUAUAUUUUAAAUGGAAUAAAGUUAUACAUGUCCACUUAUUACAUUUCAAUAAUAAAUGAUUUGGUGAUAACAAUAUAAGAUGGUUCCCUAAAUCAUUGUUUGUACUGUCGUUUGCUUUUACGAUGUUCUUUUUCUCAAACAAAUUAAAAAUGUUACUAAAACUAUACGGCAUAAAAUCACUAAAAUGGACUAACUGUCAGAAUCUCCUGUUCAUUAGUUUCUUCCUUUUGUGUGUGUACUAAAACAUAAAAAGCAAACGUAGUAGUGUGCAUAUUUAUGGCAUAUACGAAAU